UCCCCUUCCGCGGGAGAGCCGCUAUUUCCUCCUCGCAACCCUUGUUUCCUGGUUUCAGUUGAGCGGGAGCAGCCGCGGGGGCGUGAAGGCUGGAGCGCCGGCAUCGUGCGAGGAGAGCGAGCCCGCGCCGCUCGGCCGCGCCGCUCGGCCCCGCCAGCAGCCCCGCGUAGCGGCUCCUUCGGGGCCCGGCCAGGUCUAGACCUGUUUGUCUGGGCUGGGAUAGGAAGAGGACCCCUGCGUGCCCUGACCGGGAGCCUGGGAAAGAGGACGAGCGAGGGAUCGGAAGUUGGACCCGACUCAAGCUCACCUUCCAACUGGUGAGAAAGGAAACAAUCCAGUCUUGUAGGCCCAAUGGCUAAAAGGAAAGAAGAACAGUUUCUGCCCACUGGGACUCAGAAGAAGCAAAAGCAUGUGCAGGACAGCGAGGAGGAGCCAGCAUUGUCCCCUGGGACUGUAACUACACAGUCUACGUCAGCCGAGGUCGGGAUCAUCGAAAGCAUCCAGCUGAAGAAUUUCAUGUGCCACUCGAUGCUGGGGCCUUUUAAAUUUGGAUCCAACGUCAACUUUGUGGUGGGAAACAAUGGGAGCGGGAAGAGCGCAGUCCUAACGGCCCUCAUAGUUGGUCUUGGAGGAAAAGCCACAGCUACCAACAGAGGCUCCUCUUUGAAAGGGUUUGUGAAAGAUGGCGAGAGUUCUGCCGACAUCUCGAUAACGCUAAGGAACAGAGGGGAAGACGCUUUCAAGCCGAGCGUGUACGGGAACUCCAUAACUGUGCACCAGCACAUCAGCGUGGAGGGCAGUCGCACUUACAAACUCAAGGGCCAGAUGGGGAACCUCGUAUCGGCCAAGAAGGAAGAGCUCACGGCGAUUCUUGAUCAUUUUAACAUACAGGUGGAUAACCCCAUCUCUGUUUUAACCCAAGAGAUGAGCAAGCAGUUCCUGCAGUCCAAAAAUGAAAGCGACAAGUACAAGUUCUUUAUGAAAGCCACCCACCUGGAGCAGAUGAAAGAGGAUUACUCCCACAUCAUGGACACCGAAGCCAGGACCCAGGACCAGAUCAAGCAAGGGGAAGAGUGGCUGCUGGAGCUCAAGCGUCAGUGCCUGGAGAAGGAAGAGCGUUUCCAGAGCAUGGCCGACCUGAGCGUGAUGAAGAAGAAGUUGGAAGAUUUGAAGCACGAGAUGGCCUGGGCCCUGGUGGGCGAGUACGAGAAAGAAAUCGAGGAGAUGAAGAGCAACGUGAGUGUUGAGGAGGAGCGCACUCAACGGCUGACUCAGAAGAUGGAGGACUGGCAGACCAAAGUCAAUGUGGCUGAGGAGAAGUUCAAGGCCAUUCAGGAUAACUUGGAAAAGAUCAAUGAAGAGGCCAUCGCCCUGGAGCCCAAGUGCAUCCAGGCCAAGGAAGACCUGAUCCGGAAGAAGAAGGCUUACAAUGACUCCGAGAUUUUAUACAGUCGCUGCCGUAAUGAACUGAAAGGAUUGGAAAAGGAUGGUGAGCAGCUGAGGAACCGAAUUGAGGAGCUAAAGAGGAGUGCCGAUCAGCGUUUGGAGCCAGCCCGGCAGGAGAGGCAGAAGAAAAUCUCCGCACUGCGGGAGAGGAUCAAGAGCUUUGAGGACCAGGAGCAGCUGCUCUCCCAAGAGAGGGAGCGUUUCCGGCAGGCGAUCGAGAAGGACGACGAAGAGCUCCGGAGAGUGCGGCAAGAAGAGUUGGAAGUGAAGCAGAUCCUGAGCAUCAAACAGAGGCACCUCCAGCAGCUGAAAGACAGCCGGACGAACCGGCUGAAGCAGUUUGGGUCCCAAGUGCCGGCCCUUCUGGAAGCCAUCGAUGAGGCCUACAAGAAAGGACAGUUCACUCGCAAGCCCGUGGGCCCGCUCGGAGCCUGCAUUCGCCUCCGGGACCCCGAGCUUGCCUUGGCCGUUGAGUGCUGUUUAAAGGGCCUCAUCUUUGCUUUUUGUUGUCAUGACUAUAAAGACGAGCGAGUCCUUCAGGGGCUCAUGAAGAAGUUGUACCCACCGACAGCUUCCCGCCCUCAGAUCAUCGUCUCAGAGUUUCGGAACCAGGUGUACGAUGUCACCCGCAGAGCGGCCUAUCACCCGGAGUUUCCCACAGUGCUCACGGCUUUAGAAAUAGACAAUGCCGUCGUGGCCAAUAGCUUGAUUGACAUGAGGAGGAUAGAGACUGUGCUGCUUAUUAAAAGCAGCCCCUUGGCUCGUAAGGUGAUGCAACUUCAGACACCCCCCAAGAACUGCAAGGAAGCUUUCACUGCUGAGGGGGACCAGGUGUUUGAGCGGCGCUAUUACUCAUCUGAAAGAACAAGGCCUCGCUAUCUCACCGGGGAUGUCGAAAAAGAAAUAAGCCUUUUGGAGAAAGAAGUGGAGAACAAAAUGGCACAGGUGAGGGCGUUCCAGCAGCAAGUGUGCUCCCUGGAGAGCGACCUCAGGAAGAACCAGGAACUGGUCAGCAGCCAUCACCGGCAUAUAAAGGAGCUCAAGAUUAAAGUAACGAAAAUCCUUCUAGAAAUAAGAGAUCUUGAGAAUGAAGAAGAAAACCAGUCGGUGGACAUCUCGACUCUGGAGGAGGAAGAGGAAGAAAUUCAAACACGGAUGAAGGAAGUGGAGGGAGAGAUGAAGGCUCGAAAGGAGAAAAUGGAUGACUUAAGACAGCAGAGAGCAGACGCUGAGCAGGAGUACGAGAACUUUAAGUUGAAAAUCCACCAAGUCUCAGAAUUAGCGGAGCCCGUGAAGGAAGAACUGAACCAGGCCUAUGUGGAGGUGGACACCCAGAAACGCUCGCUGCACCAUUACGAGGACAGGCUCCGGCAGCACAUGGAUGCUCUGCAGGCGAAGAAGGAGGAGCUGGCGCAGACGGAGAGGGAGCUCCAGGAGAAGAGCGCUUUGGCCAAAAAGAUCUGCCCCCAGCGAAUACAAGUGGCCAAAACGCCCUCCUUUCUCGACAAAGAAAUCACGCGGCUGAGGCAGAAGAUCCAGACAGAGAGUGACAGUCACGGGGACCGGGAAGAGAUCAUAAGGCAGUACAAGGAGGCAAAGGAGACCUACCAGGAUCUCAGCAGCAAAGUGCGGAGCUUAAAGAGGUUCAUCGAAUUACUGGAUAAGAUCAUGACACAGAGACACAUCGCCUACAAGAAGUUCCGAAGGUGCCUCACCCUACGCUGCAAACUGUACUUCGACAGCCUGCUCUCCCAGCGCGCCUACUCUGGCAAGAUGAUCUUUGACCACAACAACGAGACCCUGGCCAUCACAGUCCAGCCCGGAGAGGGGAGCAAAGCGGAGUUCAGCGACAUGCGGUCCUUGUCCGGGGGAGAGCGCUCUUUCUCCACCGUUUGCUUCAUUCUCACUCUGUGGUCCAUCGCAGAAUCUCCCUUCCGAUGCCUGGACGAGUUUGAUGUCUACAUGGACAUGGUCAAUCGAAGAAUCGCCAUGGACAUGAUCCUCAAGAUGGCCGACUCCCAGCGCUACCGCCAGUUCAUCCUGCUCACUCCACAGAAUAUGAGCUCUCUGCCCUCGAGCCGCCUGAUCAGGAUACUGCGAAUGCCGGACCCAGAGAGAGGCCAGAGAGCCCUGCCCUUCCGGUCGGCCAACCAAGAAGAGGAAGAAGACUGAGGGCAGGUCGUCGCCGAUGCGCACCGCCUGCUUGCAGCGGGCUGCAUGGAUGUCGUCUCGUCCAAGUGUCUCCAGUGUUGUGGAUGAAAUUGCACCGCCCUGAAGUACAGUAUUUGAGCAAGAAAUUGUUCCCCCGUAGUAGAACGUUUCUCAACCUUGAACACGAGAGAGAGAGAGAAGCAGAAUUCCGUUUCCUCCCAUGUGCGGCUUUGAGAAAGCUCCGUGUAUAGACACGUCGUCUCCCUUAGGACAAUUGUGUAGACUUGUCUGCAUGUACCUUUGCCUUGGGUUUCUGUUCAUUCUCAUUUUGGCAAAACUCCAAUAAAUGUUUC